CGACCGCGGUAUCUGUCUUGGGAUGAUUAUUUCAUGUCGGUGGCGUUUCUGAGCGCGCAGCGGUCGAAGGAUCCGAAUAAACAAGUCGGCGCGUGCAUCGUGGGGAAGGAUAAGCUGAUCUUAGGCGUGGGGUAUAACGGAUUUCCUCGCGGAUGCCCCGAUAACGCGCUGCCGUGGAGUAAAAAGAGCGCGAACGACGAUCCGUUGGAGACCAAGUACGCGUACGUGUGCCACGCGGAGAUGAACGCGAUUAUGAACAAGAACUCCGCCUCCGUCGCCGGUGGAUCGCUGUUCGUGACGAUGUAUCCGUGCAACGAAUGCGCGAAAUUGGUGAUCCAGGCUGGGAUCAAGGAGGUGGUGUACUACGAAGGGAAA